AUGGUAGUAUUGAAAAGUUCUGAUGAUACUAGUGCACCAGGUGAUGAUGUAAAGUUUCAACAAAUUGUUGUAGAUAAUAAGGCAUAUCAUCAUAAAUUGAAGGAUGUUUGUCCCGAAGUGAUUCAUUAUGCACCUUCAUCUCAUGGAAGAAGUGCAUUUGUAUUGAGCAGCAAGCAACACUUGGAGGGUAUUGUAGAUUUGGAAAGUAGCAGUGGAGCUCCUAUUGAGAAUAUUGUUUGUUGCUUGGGAGGAAUUUCUCUGCAUAGUGCUCAUACCUAUUGUUAUUAUCAAUUGUCAAAACGUAUUUUGGAAAUGGAUAAGGAUUACGUUGGGGAAUGUUUGAAUGAGGAAAGAAAUCCAACCACCGAACAUACAUCACGAGGAUUCCAUGAUGAUAAUUUGGCCAUAUUGAGAUAUGAGGCCUACGGAAGAGGAAAAUCGUCAAAUCCAAAUCAUGAUCAAAAUAGAGAACUCUUUGUUGGACAAUUGAAAGAAUUGUUGGACUAUGUAUUGAGUAAACCUGUUGUAAAGAAGAAUUGUAAAAUAACAGUGUUGGGGUUCAGUAUGGGAGGUUGUUUGGCAACUCAAUUCACACACACUCAUCCAGAUAUGGUGGAUGCCUUGAUUCUCUUCUCACCAGCAGGAGGUGUAUGGAAAUUACCAACAGGAGCUGGUCUCAUCAAGUUACCAUUCUUGGGAAGUCUCUUGUAUAAUGCUGUUGAUUCCUCUCAAACUUAUGAGCAAAAGAUGGAAGUCGACUUGUUUGAUAUGAAGAAUGACAUUACCCAGCAGAGAUUAAAGUUUGCUCUCGAGAUGAAGGAACAAGAAGAUCAUGAUGUUCUCACAAAGAGCUUUUUGAAUUCCUACAAACACUUUCCAUUGAAUGAUAGUAAGAAUGAAAUUGAACAUGUUGCCUCCAUGAACAAGAAUACUCUCAUCAUUUGGGCCAUGUUUGAUACUACUGUACCAUCCGAUGAAUGUUUCCCACAAUUCCACACUCCCUUCUCCAAGAAUGAUAAGGCCCAAUACGUUCUCCUCAACAAUACUAAACACUUGUUCUUUAUGGAGAGAGAGGAAGAUACUGCUCGUAUAGUUCACAACUUUAUCAGAAGAGAUUGUGAAGUUUACCGUCCACUUUUGCAUCAAGUUACUCCUCAAGAGUUGAAGAAGGAGAUUUGUAGUGCUGAUGAUUUGAAAAAGUAUGAAUUCUUCCACUCCAAUCAAGAUUACAAGCAAUAUAUUGUUUAAAUAAUAGUUAUUUGUUAUUAU